AUGAGGCAGACAUCCCCCAGCCCGAGCGCUGUCUUCAACGACACACUCCUCGACGAUCUUGUCGCAGCGCUGAGUGGCAAUGCCCAAGUCUGGUCAUCCAUGAACAGACCGCAUCUGCUCAUCACAGCAUCCAUACAAGAAGCAGAUGGUGGUGACGGCACCUCAAUACACAUAAGCGGAGGCGACCCGAAACAUGGCCCAAGCACAAUCUUAAAACGCGCAAUAGACAUACAAUCGAUAUUACAACCCGGGCUGCCCCUUACCUCCGAGUCACCGGUGUCACCUACAGAUAGCCAAGACGGAGAUGAGAGCUUCAUUCAGUAUCAAGGCCCCCAGAAACGGAUCCGUGCCCAAAGCCCAACCGACACAGAUGUCCACGAUCCAGACCGAGCGAACAAGGCACGACGUGUCGAGUCUACGCAUCCUCGCAAGUCAAAAGGCUCACUCCGACCCAGGACUGCGAUCCCCUCAGCAGAUUCAGCCAGCCAUGACAGCCAACGGCAAAUGGCCAUUACCAAGAACGCAUUCCCGCGCCGUGCCAAACCAACCACGGACCUGGCUCCCUCACCCGCCUCGUCUUCCCUCGCCAAGUUCGUCCAAAGCGUUUGGGAGCAGAUCCACGGCGGUAUAUCACUGGAGCCUGCCAUAUUUGCCGCGCAGGCCGCGGACAGGCCAGGUGAGACUACUGCAGGCGCGAUGAGCCUGGCAGCGCCCCUCCACCUGUCGACUACCUCUUCUAGCCUCGUCAGUCCUGGGAGCCAGACGGACGUGACCCCAGAAUCCUUCACGCUGGGCAACGCUUUCUGCCGCCAGGUUCUGCAGACGAGCCGCGCGUGCAGAUCUGUCGAGGUCAUUGUGCAAGCGCGCUGGGUCGAGCUCUUUGACGCCUACGUCGCGCAUCUCACCAGGACAGAGGGUCUAUCCGCCCUCCGAGGCCGCAUGGCCGCCAUGGGGGAGGCGUGUCGGGAUUUCGGCUGGAACGAGAAGGAGAUGCGCAACAAGAUGGCCGUCUGGCGGGGCUACAAGGAGAUCAAGGAUGCUGGUGGCUGGGUGCCCCUGGUCUUCGCGGGGAUGGGCCUGUAUCGCAUGUGCAAGUACCGCGUGGGCUUGGAGCCCGGGCCUCUGUCGUCGCUCAAGGCCAUGCGCUCGCGGCUCGAGAUCGCGGCGGACACGAUCCGUCCCGAGUGGCGCAAGCUGCUCGUUGCUGUCGGCGAGCCGACGCAGCUGCACUAUCGAGGGCAUCCGCACGACUGGGUGGCCCAGGCGGAUGGCGACGAGCCGCUGCCCCUGUCGCAUACGUAUCGACACCAAGAGGUGCCGUUUACAUUUCGGCAUGUGGAUGAGUGUCUGGUGGACGAGGAGCACUGGCCGGACGAAGACCCUCGACGGGUGCCGAUGACGACCAUGGUCACCAAUGCGAGUGCUGCGCAUAUUUGCGACACCUGUGGCCAGCCGCAGUCCGACGAGAUCAAGGACAAUCAAUGUCGCUGUUUCCCAAGUCUGUUUGGUGGCCAGAGACAGAAACCACCGGUGCAGAUUUUCAGGACCAAGAACGGGCGCAACAACGGUGUGCAAGCCCUUCUGCCAUUCUCACGGGGCAGUGGCAUCGGCGAGUUCGUCGGUCUGUUGACGAGCGGCAUCCAGGGCGUCGAUGUGAUGAACAGCGCCGUGGGCGCGCGCAAGUACCAGAUCUGGCAGGGCAGAGAGAGCAACUUUACGCGGUUCGUCAACCACAGCUGCAACCCCAACGCCCUCUUCCACAAGUUCACCUGGCUGGGCAUGGAGAGGAUCCUGCUGGUCAGCAAGGGGAUCGAGGCUGGUGCCGAGAUCACCGUGGACUACUCGGACAGUUACUGGGAGGGACUCGACAAGGUGUGCCUGUGCGGCGAGGCGUGCUGUCGCUAUCAAGGGAGGAGUGCAGCAUGA